UGCGUUAACUGGAUAUUACGGUAUAAAUGAUCAAAGUCUCUUUGACUCCAGCGGACCGAACCAGUGGCUGCAUGGGAAAUGAACGUUGCCGGCAAACAUCAACCUGAUUUAUUAGAGCGACCUGUCAGCCUCUUAUUACCAACAUGGACAAAAACUGGACUUGCCCUGUUGUAUGACGAAAAUACCAACAAUACCUACGACAUCCGUUUAAAGUUAACGAAAGAGAUGCUGACCAUUCAGAAACAGGACGUGGUAUGCAUAGGUGGUGGGGCACAUCAUGUAAACCACAGAACUGUUGUACUCCGAAGACAGGCAACUGGAGGCCUUGGUCUGAGUAUCAAAGGAGGUGCUGAGCAUAAAGUACCUGUGGUCAUUUCAAAGAUUUUCAAAGAUCAAGUAGCGGAUCAGACAGGGCUUCUGUUUAUUGGCGAUGCUGUAUUACAGGUCAAUGGCAUUAACGUGGAGAAGUGCACACAUGAAGAUGUUGUUCAUCUCUUGCGUACUGCUGGAGAUGAAGUUACCAUCACUGUGAGGUACCUCAGGGAGGCACCUGCCUUUUUAAAGCUCCCAUUAGGCUCUCCAGGACCAGCCAGUGAUCAGAGUAGCAGAGCAUCCUCCCCACUUUUUGACAGUGGUUUACAUUUAAACGGGAACUCAAGCAACACAGCACCGUCUUCACCCUCCUCACCCUCAGCUAAUGAACCAAAGUACGAGAAGCGUUGGCUGGACGCUGUCUGCCUCCCCCUGUCCAUGGCUCGGGUCUCUAGACACAAAGCUGGAAGCGAUAAACUACGGUCAAAUAGUUUUGAAGUAUUUGCCUUAGAUGGAGUAUGCACCAAUGUUCUACAGUUUUGCACAGAAGCAGAAAGCACAGAUUGGCUCCAAGCAAUAGCAACUAAUAUCAACGAUUUGACACAGGAGUGUAUAAAAACAGCAAACAAAUACUACUCACCUGAUGAGCAGAUCAUCCAUAUGGGUUGGGUGUGUAAGCAUCUACAUGGGAGUGAUGCCAGCCAGAUCCAAAGCCACAAGUUUCUUGCAUUGAAAGGCUCCUCUCUCUAUAUUCUCAGGGGCCCUCCUGCUAGUGCAUCAGACUGGGCCCAACCUGAGGCCACGUUUAACCUCUGUGAGGUUCUCUUCAAGGUUCAUAAGCUGUGGAUAGCAGAGGAUUGCUGGGUGCAGGCGAAGCUCUAUGUAGGCUUGCAGCAGGACUGUGAGCUGCGGGACGGCGAGCCUUUCUGCUUCAGCGUGCUUGUGGGCCAUGGCCAGAGCCACUGCUUCAGCGUGGUGCUGGGUGCAGAGUUGGCGCUCUGGGACAGGGCCUUCCAGAAAGCUGUCUUCAUGGAGGUGCAGAGAGCAGGGUCAAAGACCUACAUGUGCAGUAACCUGGGGAAAAUACUGUGCUUUACAAUUGACUUUGAAUCCGGCUUCUCCUGUUCUGAGAGCAUUUCUAAGAAAGUCAUUUGGAGAUAUAAAUUCUCCCAACUGAAGGGUUCAUCUGAUGAUGGAAAGACUAGAGUUAAACUCUUAUUCCAGAAUUCAGAAAACAAACAGAUAGAAAUGAAGGAGCUGGAGUUUGCGAACCUGACAGCUGUCCUUCACUGCAUCCACUCUUUCAUCGCUGCCAAAGUGGCUUCUGUGGAUCCGCUCUUUGUCAAUAAUCAAAGCAUCACACGGAAGUACAUGUUCAACAGCUAGGAGCUCAAGUGUUGUCCAGAACAUGUACCAUCUCGUCUGUGGAUUUGGUUUAUCUGUAUUUUAUGCAGAAUAUCUAUGAAUAUAUCUAGCUCUUGUUAUUUUUGUAUGACUCUUCUAAGAUAUGUAAAAACAAUGUAACAAUGUAAAAAAAACAAAAACUUGGAGUAGAUGAUAUUUUGAGAUGAUGUAUUGAUUAACGGUUUGGUACUCAACUACAGUUGUGUUCUGCUUAAAAAUGUAUUCAUGGUGAUCAUGUAGCAAAGCAAAUGGUCACAUAGAGUAUAGUCAUGUAGACAAUGUGGCAUUACGAGUUUGUUAAUGCACACAGUGCAUUUAACAAUUUAUAAACCAUUCUGGGUAAACCUUGGAGGAAGGCAGAAUUUGAAUAUGGACUCAGUUUGUAUUUAACUAAUGUCCUUGUGUCUUUCUUUCAGGUUAUUGGCUCCUUAAUGAUAAUUCCCAAACCUGUAUACAGGCUCACCUCUAUUUUUUCAUAAUUAUCUUAUGAUAUUAAACUGCUGCAGAUUAAAAUGUGCAGAAAUAAACUGAAAUAAGGCUUCAACUUGAAGAUUUUUUUUCUUUUAGCAUGAAUUGAAAUACGUAAUUAGAUUUUAUAUUUGGUGUCCCUAGUUCUCUUUCUGAAUCUAAAAUUCCUUAAUAAUGAAUAAAAUACACAGAUUUAUAGCUGUAAAAUAAUGGAUUGAUUAAACAAUAAUUAAAUCAUAUAGGGUAGCCAACAGCUGUCCUAAAAAUGUUUUCUGUUUUUAAUCUGUAUUUUAAA